GGACGGCCCGGACCCCCGGGGAGCGGGAGGCGGGAAAAACCUGCGCGUGGCGGGGCGUCUGCUCGAUUACCCGGGCCCCCGUGGGGGGGGGGAGGUUAAAUAGACUCGCCCCGGCGUGGAGUCUCCGCAGCUGCCUCCAUCUCCCGGCCGAGCUGGAAGUGCCGCCUGCAGCCAGAACCGCCUGGGGCCCUUCGUCCGCUUGGAGGGCGCCCGCGGGGCGACUGGACCAAAGCCCGGAGUUCGUCGGGGGAGCGUGGGAAGCGGCGUCUUACGUUAGCCAGCCUGGCACAGCGGCGCCAGAGGGAUCGGAUGAGCGUUAUGGAAGGAAGGUACCGGCAGAACCACACUACGGCAAGUGGUCGCCCAACUAAAGUGGACGCUCCUGACCAUGUCCUAUACACUGUAGGCUCUUGUGUUCUGGCCAUUGGUUGUGUUGGAAUUAUAGGAAAUCUCCUUGUACUCUAUGCAUUUUACAGCAACAAGAGGCUGAGGACGCCUGCAAAUUAUUUCAUCAUGAAUUUAGCUGCAAGUGACUUUCUGAUGUCUGCUACUCAAGCUCCAGUCUGCUUUUUCAACAGUAUGCAUAAGGAGUGGGUACUUGGAGACAUAGGUUGUAACUUCUAUGCUUUUUGUGGAGCACUCUUUGGAAUAACCUCAAUGAUGACCUUGUUAGCUAUUUCGGUGGAUCGCUACUGUGUGAUUACGAAGCCUCUCCAGUCCUUAAAAAGAAGUUCAAAGAAACGUUCUUGUAUAAUCAUUAUAUUUGUCUGGCUCUACUCACUGGGUUGGAGUGUGUGUCCAUUAUUCGGGUGGAGUUCCUAUAUCCCAGAAGGUUUGAUGAUAUCCUGUACAUGGGACUAUGUAAGCUAUUCUCCAGGAAACAGAAGUUACACCAUGUUGCUAUGUUGGUGUGUGUUCUUCAUUCCUCUUAUGAUAAUCUUCCAUUGCUAUUUAUUCAUGUUCCUCACCAUCAGAAGUACAGGCAGGAAUGUUCAGAAAUUGGGAUCUAGCACUAAACGGAAAAAAUCAAGCUCACAGAACAUAAAGAAUGAAUGGAAACUGGCAAAGGUUGCCUUCGUAGCUAUUGUGGUUUACGUUGUAUCCUGGUCUCCGUAUGCUUGUGUCACUCUGAUUGCAUGGGCUGGUUAUGCCAAGAUCUUAACUCCAUAUUCUAAAUCUGUGCCUGCUGUUAUUGCCAAAGCUUCAGCAAUUCACAAUCCCAUAAUUUAUGCUAUUAUUCACCCAAGUUACAGGAAAACCAUUCGAAGAGCUAUUCCUUGUUUGAGAUUUCUCAUACGAAUAUCCGCAAGCGAACUUUCCACAAGUCUUGCAAAUUCUUCCUUCCGGUCGUCUUCUAUGUCUAAUCGUGUCUCUUUCGUGUCCAAGAACAAAAGCAAUGACAUUUCUUCCAUUUCUGCUACGGAAAAGACUUGGAAUGAUGUAGAGCUUGAUCCUGUGGAGACAGUCCAUGCAAAAUUGCAGCUACCUGAAAGUAAUUCUUUUUCAACAAAUGCAGAAGAAAAAAGUGAAUUGCCCACAAAUGCCCUGAGCUGUGAUGCACCAAUUGAAGAAAAGUUUGCAGUAUCUCCCAUCUGUCCAGAAGAACCACUCAAAAGACCCCUUAAAUUAAAUGCACCAGAACUGCUACUCUUAACCAGCUCCUUGAGAGCAUCAUCUCUUCCAUUUGACUUGAAUGCUAGCAGCAGAGGGAAGAGCAUGGACACCUCUCAAGCAGAAAUCCACGAAGACGAAAUAAAUAGUAGCCAGGAUUCCUUGGAAACCCCCAUUCUUCCACACAUCAUUAUCAUUCCUACCUCAGAAACCACUCUGUCUGAAGAGCAAUCUUUGACCGAAAAUAUAGAAGAAGAAAACGUUAGUCUGUACUCUGCUCCAGACAAGAACUACCUGUUACUCAAAGGAAGGCUUCAUUCAUCUACUGGAUCAGCUGAGAUGCUUGUAUCAUAAGCUUGGCUGUUUCUUUGAAUAAUGAUACCAAAAACAAAAAUUGCAGAACGGUUUAAAUGAAACAUUUCUCCAUGCAAUGUUGAGGUCAUUUCUGAACUCUGCACUUUGUAGAAGCCAACUGUAACAAUAGGGGCUGAAGGUUCAAAGCACUCAAAGCUUAUAUAACAUGAUUGUCAACAGAUACCACCUAGUAAAUAUGUCUUUAUAUAAUUGGAAUAAAUGUUCAUGUUUCCAUUACUUUAACUGGAAUGCUUAACAUAUGACUGUCCUAUCACCAAAUUCCAAGAAAAAGUGUUGAGAGCAUAUGUAGCUACUGAUUUUAGCCUGCACACAAUUUGUAACUUAAUUCUUCCUCAGUUCAGUUAUCGGCUGAAAGAUGAUGAGUCAGAAGGACAUGUUAGAGCAGGGGUCUCCAGCUUUGGCAACUUUAAGAAUUGUGGACUUCAACUCCCAGAAUUUGCUGGCUGAGGAAUUCUGGGAGUUGAAAUCCACAAGUUGCCAAGGUUGCAGGCCCCUGUCUCCAGGGAACAUGCAGCUCCUUACAAUCAGUAACUUGCUGACAUUUUAUCCUAGUAAAAUAGUUAAUUUGUCAUCUGUCCUGAAAUUGAAAUGGCAACACAAAAAUUGAUUUGAAAAUGGAUGUAUUUAAGGAAAAAUUGAUGCAUUUAAAGAUUUUUUAAAAAUUUUAACUAUCACUGCCUUCAAUGUCUUUCUGACCUGCAGUCCUCAGUCUUUUUCCACAAUAUCUAUUUGUAUGAGUAUAAUUUUUUUGUUGUUAAAAUCCAUUUACCUUUGGAUGAUGGGCUAUAUUCAUAAAAGUGAAAGGGGCAGAGUAAAAAUUAAAUUUAAAUUAAAUUAUAACAAUUAAUAUUAUUACUUCCCAUGUAUUUUACUACAGAAGAGUGGCAACCUUUGGAGUGAAACCGGUGUGUAAUCUAGGAGUCCUCCUUGGACUCAUGACUCAAGAAACAAGUGGCAGUCAUGGCCAGGAGGGUCUUUGUGCAACUUUGCGUUGUGUGUCAAUUAUUCCCUUUCCUGGACCAACAAUCCCUGCUCACAGUCCCCCAAUCCCUAGUCACCUCAUGUCUUGACUAUUCUAAUAUGCCCUACAUGGAGCUGCCCUUGGAAAGUAUCAAGAAGCUUCCAUUACUUCAAAAUGCAGUAGUCUGUAUGAUUUUGUACAGAUCUAGAUGUCCACAUGUAUCAUCUCUCCUCCAGGAGAGGUUGCAUUAGUUGUCAGUUUGCUUCCAGGUUCAAUUCAAGGUGCUGGUUGUCAUUUUCAAAGCUCUACAUGGCUUGGGACCAGGUGAUUUAAAGGACCAUCCUUUUCUGGUCACACAUCUACCCAUCCCAUCAUAAUAGGCAGGGAAUGCUACAGGUCUUCUCUCCCAAAGAGAUCUUCUUUGUGGACCUUCUCCGUGGUAGUUCCCCUCUCUGUGGAAUAGAGCCGAGGUGGUGCAGUGGUUAGAGUGCAGCACUGCAGGCUACUUCAGCUGACUGCUAGCUGCAGUUCGGCAGUUCAAAUCUCACUGGCUCAAGGUUGACUCAACCUUCCAUCCGUCUGAAGUGGGUAAAAUAAGGACCUAGAAUGUUGGGGGCAAUAUGCUUAUCUGCAAACCACUUAGAGGGGACUGUAAAAGUACUAUGAAGCAGUAUGUAAGUCUAAGUGCUAUUGCUAUUGCUAUUCCCACAGAGAUAAUAUUGCCCUCCCAUUUUCACACAUUUUUGCAAGGUGCUGAAGAUCUCAUUUUGCCAAUGGGCCUUGGGAUCCCAGACUGGGAUGGAACCCCUCAAAUGAUUCAUCUGAUUGUUGUUGCCAGGGUGUAGGGAAUUAUUGCUUUUUUUUAUUUUUAUAUUGGGGUUUUAAUACUUGUAAGCCGACCAGAGUCACUGAGAGUGAGUUGGAUGGCCAUAUACAUUUUUGUAAGUAAAUAAAAAUUUGGGGCUGCGUCCCAACAUUUGGAGAAUGUCCGUUGCCUUAGAAAAUGGACAUUUGACCAGAAAAUAAGAAUUGUUUAAGAAACUGUUAAUGGGCCAACUUCCCAAUUAAUCUGUAUCAUUCAACUUCCUUUACAAAGUUUUAAGGCUUUGCACAGUGUUUUUAUACAUAAUUCUUUUAUUUCAAAUGUAAAGGUGUCGAGCACAGGAUCAAACACGUCCACUUUUUCCAUUGGAAGGAACUAGACAAAGAUACCAUACCACCGUCUCUUGUAUCUCUCUAGUAUAUCAGUAGGAAAAUACCAAAUAUAUAUAUAUAUAUAAAACUGUGUUACAUCAUUCUUUGUCAAUAGUUAUGAACUGUUGAACUCUCAAAGAAGGCUUUACUCAAGAGGGACAAUAAAAAGAUUUAAGUG